AUGGAUUUUUAUCGCUCUAUACCGAUCGCGUUCAGUAUUAGCAGCCUCUCGGACCUCACUAAAAAGACCGAUCCCGAGGGAAACGUUACGGUGUCCAUCCUGGCAUUUCGACCGACCAUCGAUGAUAAGGGCAAGUACCUGUCCUGCCGGGCUGAGAUGGCCGUCAUUCCGGAUGCUGGCAAGGAGGACGGCUGGAAGUUGGACAUUUACCAUGUUCCGGUGGUGACCCUCGAGUAUGGGACCAACUACAACUACACUUCAUCCAUCCGGGAGGGAGCUGAUGUUUACUUCGAGUGUAACAUUAAAUCCAAUCCCUGGGUGUAUAAAGUGACCUGGAAGCAUCAGGGCAAGGAACUUUCGUCCAGCAUAGUGGAUGGAAUUAUCGUGUCCAACCAGAGUCUGGUGCUACAGAAUGUGAGCCGGGAGCGAGCUGGUCUCUAUACUUGCGUUGGAAGCAAUCGGGAGGGCGAUGGCGAGAGCAAUCCGGUACAUCUGGACAUUAAGUUUGCUCCGGUUUGCCGUCCGGGACUGGUCACGACCUACAACGUGGGCCGAUACGAGCAGGCCAAAAUCGUCUGCGAGCUGGAAGCCAAUCCCACGGAAGUGGCCUUCGUCUGGAAGCACAACACCUCGGUGGCGGAGAAUCUGGACUUCCCGGCAGCCCAAGUGACCAGUGAACAGGCCAAGAGCAUCCUGCGGUUUAAGCCGAUUAGCGAAAGUGACUAUGGAACUCUCCUGUGCUGGGGCACGAACGAAAUCGGGGCUCAAACGGAGCCUUGCGUUUUCAAUCUCAUACCAGCAGGUAAACCGGAUGCCCUAUCAAACUGCACCAUCCUAAACCAGACCUUCGACAUGCUCCAGAUCGAGUGUCUGGAGGGUUUCGAUGGCGGUUUGCAGCAAGAAUUCCUGGCCGAAAUGUACGUCAUCGGCAAUCGGCAACUGAUCGGCUCCAUCAAAACAAGAGCUCCCCUUUUCGACCUGAAAGGGCUAGAACCGGGCGUCGGUUACAACAUUUUCCUAUCGGCACGAAACUCCAAGGGCGCCAGCGAUCCGACCUACCUUCAGGCCUUCACUCUCAAGAACCCGGAAAAGCAAACCGAUCUUUCCCUGGUUUACGCACCGACGCUGCAUCAAAUCAAACCAUUUAUCGGAACCCUGCUAGGAGUGGUGGCCGCUAUCAUCUCCAUCGCUUCGAUCAUCGUGUGCAUAACCAGGCUGAGGGGCUCGGCCGGCCGGGAUCGAGAUUGUAGCAACAUGUCCACCAACGACGCUUCCGGCAUCAGUCAAUCACUGCCAACGGAUGGAGAGCUGAUGAGCCGGGAGCAGCAGUGCAACGGAAGCAUCGAUAGCAUCGAGAAGAAUCCGGACAUCAUUCCACAAGGGAAAUUACCCCACCUGUUGGAAGAAGAUGAGAAAGCGUUCGAGUGGCUGAGCAGUUCCGGUGCCGGUGGCCAUCCACGGCUGUACGCGACGGCUGCCCUGGCCGAACAGCAACAUGGAGGACUGGGUGUUGGGGGUGGAGGAACGGCUGCCACGGUCGGGUAUCCGGAUACGAGGACAUUUUACGCGACGCUUCGAGACGGAAGCUGCAUGCAACAGAACGUAUUCCCAUCGGCACUGGCGCCCGCUGGCGAUAAUCAAAACUACAUCCCGGUACACAGCGGCAUAAUUCCGACGCCGAUCAUCGGGGGAUACGGAUCCGACGGGCACAAGCACGACCUGACGUACGCGGAUUUGACGAGCUUGUCCGGGGGCCAUCAGAUGGGCCAGAAGCAGAUGUACGUGAGUGCCACCCUGGGCCGGCCAAGGCAGUCCGAUAUCAAAAGAAGUGAGCCGACGAUCUAUGCACAGAUUCCGGCUUUCCGGCUUUCCGGCUGGCUGAUGGCCGUCGUCCGUCUGAAAGAUGAAGGAAAGUCAACUUUGGCACCACGAACGUCCGCGCCGGUCGAUAACUAA